AUGUUUGUAUUUGUACUAGAUGUCACAUGCAAGAGAAGGAAGGUCGAGGUCAAGGUCAGAGGAAGGAGUCGCUCAAGGAGUCGAGAGCCGGGAGAAGUUGUUAACCCGGGUAAUAACUUGUAUGUAACUGGCUUGUCCACUAGGGUUAGUUCAAGUGAUCUCGAGAAGCAUUUUAGCAGUGAAGGAAAGAUUGCGGAGUGCCAUUUGGUUACUGAUCCUCGCACCAGGGAGUCUCGUGGAUUUGCGUUCAUUAUGAUGAAAACUGUUGAGGAUGCUGAUCGUUGUAUCAAGUAUCUUAACCGCUCAGUUCUCGAAGGCCGCCUGAUUACAGUGGAGAAGGCAAAAAGGAAACGGGGGAGAACCCCAACCCCAGGAAGAUACCAAGGUGUAAAAGAUAAAAGAGGAGGUUUUGGUGGUGAUCGUGGUGAUCAUGGACCGAUUGGUGGUCGCCGAAGAUCACGUAGUUAUUCACCUCGUGGAAGACCAUCCAGAGAUGUUAGAGAUGGACCUCCUUAUUUCAGGAGUCAUCGAGAGCGAUCUCCACCUCGUUAUGCUCCUCUUCCAUAUUCUCGUCCUAGAUCUCCUUACGGUAGGAGGGGUGAGGAUUAUCCCUCCUAUGAGAGACGCAGGUAAUCUUCACUUACUGUUAGAGCAACAGCGGCAACACAACAAAAGCCAGUUAGAAAGCUGUUCAAUGAGUGUACUACCUUGUUUCACUUUCAUAGUGUGUAUUAAUGUGAUAAACUAAUUUCUAUCUCGCCUGCGUUUGUGUGUAUACUUUAACUAGCCCGAAACCAGUAUUGUGAACAGAUGUUUUUGUUUAUGAAAUUUGCAUAUUAGUUUCUUUUAC